UCGAAUCACCAGAUCCUCAUUCAUCGUGUAAAGUUACGAUUCUCAGCCUUGGCACGUUCUGCAGGUAUACUCAGUGACAAUUUCGUUUAUAACCUCAAUUUGUUUGUGUUCUGUGCUUUUCACCGGGUAGAUUCGUUGUGACGUUACUGUGGUUUGUUUAAACAUACUUACUUUGGUUUAUUCCUUUCCCAACGUUGGGAAAUCCCACCUUUUGGUGCAUUGCCGAGUGCGCGCUUAACACGUUUUGCAAUCAAACAGGCAAAAUACGUAUUAAAAACAAAGAACCGGUAGCGGUUUACGCCGAAGAUAUGGAGGCUGAAGAUAGGCCAGGGGGAGACAUGGACGGAGAUAGCCAAAUGGUAAGGAUAGCAUCGGACUUAAAAAUUAUAAUAGAAGCGUUGCAUAGAUCGUAUCCUCAAACUAUUUUGCCAGCAGACACAUGGAUAAAUAAUCGAAAAAUGUCAAAUAUUGAUGAUAUAAGUGACGGGGAACCGCACUCCGGUACUGAGCAAGAUCAAGAGAGUUGCGAUGAGUUGACACGAAAUGGAAUUCUUGCUGAUCACAACGAUGUCCUGACUAAGCUGAAAAUGCAAGUUCGGGACAUCCAUGGGGUGGUAAGCAAUGGUUUAGGAAGCACUUACCUUAAACAGGAUGACUAUGUUCAGAAGCCCAGAAAUCAGCCAACAUUUUUGAUAGACCAUCGUCCUACAGAAGGAGAGCAGUUUCCCGCUCCAUUCAAUUUUUCCCAUCCCGCUAGUGCAUUUCUUCCUCCGGUUGCUCCGCCAAACCAACGCCCUUCUUCAGAGAGUUCACAUUCAUCUGAAGAAAGUGCUACCUCCCAACAGACAUGGUCGUUCGAAGAACAAUUCAAACAGGUGCGUCAGGUAAGGACGGAGUCACUGGCCACUGCAAAGAAAAAGCUCUAUGAGCUAUCCACUGAUCCCCAGAGGAAGAUUAUGUUGGAUGAUCUAUUCCUGUUCAUGCAUAGACGAGGUACUCCAAUUAAUCGCUUACCGAUAAUGGCGAAGACAGUGUUGGACCUCUUCGAAUUGUAUAAUCUGGUAGUGGCUCGGGGCGGAUUAGUUGACGUAAUCAAUAAGAAGUUAUGGCAAGAGAUAAUUAAAGGACUACACCUACCAUCUUCGAUAACUUCAGCCGCCUUCACGCUUAGAACGCAAUACAUGAAGUAUUUGUAUAUGUACGAAUGUAAUAAGCAUAAUUUGAGUACAACUUCAGAACUACAAACCGCAAUCGAAGGAAACAAAAGAGAAGGACGGCGCAGCAAUUAUGGGCCAAUAGACAACUUCAAGUACCACCAAGAAGCAACGAAUUCGCAACAAACGUUCAACGGUCUAUCACUGGCUGCCCAAUCACAGAUGCAAUCACGGUUAAACAUGCUGCCUGCUGGAAUCGCAAUGCAUAACGGAAUGUCCCAUAGUGUCAAUUCUCAACCUAUGCCGAUCAUUCAAAACGGUAUCUGCAUAGCCCAGCAUUUAAGCGAAUACAUGAAACUUUUUAAUGGACAAAUGUUUCCACAAGCUGACAUGCAGGCAAUUGCUUUGAACAACAGCGUGCCUGCUCAAUACCAAAGAUCUCCCGCACGAGAAAUGCCUGCAAUAAGAGCUUCGCACCGAUCUCCUCUUAGGAAUUUAAGCAACUCGAACCAAUCGUCUAAUGGAGUUAUAGAGCCACAAAACGAGCCCAUUAAUCUCUCCGAAUCUGCUCAGUCGACGAAGCGGGAGGUGCCGGAAGCUUCGAAUUCACAAAACAAAAGAGUUCACCGGGAUCAUGAUGUCGAAGAUUCCUCCUCUAGUCUACCUACCCACAUUCCACCACAGACUGCAAACUUCAAGAUCGAGACCAGUGUCAACGGUACAACAGGAGAGACAAAUAUAUUUGUUCGAAUGGAGAUAAACGGGACGCAAUAUCAAGGACUGCUCUUUCCUGCUCCCAAUUCUCAGUCCGAUGAGAAAUCCAACAACUAAUCUGUGAACUAACUGUAUAUAUUUAUCUAUGUAAGUUAGAGAAAAUUUCCGCCGCUAUCGAUAUCUGGAAACUGUAAUUAGGAGAAACUUGAAAAUUGGACAGUCAUUGGGGGCAAGCGACUUAAAAUAUUUUCAAGAUGGCGACAAGUACGUAUUAACUUGCCUAUUUUAACUGGAACACCCUAUAUAUAAUUCCAUUUUUUGAUUCUACUCCAAAUUCUAAAUAUAUUCCAUGUAUGUCCUUUAUCUAGGUCUAACCGUUUUUGCUAUAUCCUAAUUUUAUGAGAAAAAUCACAGAUGCAACACUGGAAUAAUUAUCCAUUUUUCCUAUAAGGAAAUAUCUGCUACUUAACUUGAGUCGCAUUUCUUGUUGAACGCGACUUACUUUAGUGGAAUUUGGACAAUAUUUUGAUAAAUGAUGUUGUGGUUAAUUAGUGACCGUGAUGAUAAUCGGUAAGAGCCUUUUCACACGGGCCACUCUGCAGCGCUUCUCUGUGGCGCUGCUGAGAAGCGUAGGCAUCUUUUACUGAUUUUGAAAACUAUUAACACAGUGUUUAAAAAAUAAGUUUCAAAAUGUCGUUGAGAAAACCGCCCAAAUCAAUUGGUCCAAAAGGAAUCCCCCAUUUUUGAUAAUCUUAUCUUUUUCAGUAUUAACAAGGGUAAGUUUGUGUUGUUCGCAUAUGGCUACUAAAAACGACCUAAAAAAGGGGUUUUCAAUAAAUGUUCAAACUGGCGUCCUUCAAUUUCCAAACAUGUUUGGCAUCUGAGCGGCACUUCAUCACUUCAUGGGUCGCUUUUCGUAUUAACUCGAGGGUUAAGUUUGCAAAUUAUUUCCUCAUGCGUUGCAUUCAUAGUUGUCUUGGCUAUGACUUAAUAUUUCAAUGUACCACAGAUAAAAAAAUAUGGCACUGAAAGAUCUGGCGAGCCGGGUGGAUAAAGAAAAGGACCAUUGUUGGCUAACCAUCGAUCUUCAAAAUUAUUUUUUAAAAAAAUAUCGAUGAUGUAGUCACGAUGUUGAUAAAAUAGGUUCCUACGAACAGCGAGCGAGAAAUUGUGUGAAUAGUCGAUUUCCAAAUUUUCCUAAAAUUUCUUGAUAAAAAUGUAAUGCCCCGACACUAUUAUUUCAAAUUACACAAUAAACAUUAAAAUUUCGAGAAUUCUUGAAAAUGUUGCUCUAUGAACACAUGUAAAUUUGAAUGGCUUCAAUAAUGGGAAUUAUCUCGAUUAAAGGCAUCAUUAUUUGUAAUUUUUCCCUCGUCUGUCCAGAUUCAACUAACAUUAUACAUGGUGGAUCUUUGAAGAGUGCAAAUAAUUUAAUUAUGAUACACUUUGGCCCUAGAAGAAAGACUAUCAGGUUCAUUUUUCUUAUGACCAAAACCUAUCGCACUACUAGUACGUAUUGCUGCGGAGAAUUUGUCUGUGUUUUCAGUUUCUCAGCUUUAGGCCACAUUCCUCUUGAUCUUCAGGGGUUGGUAAGGGGAUUUUUUUUGGUAAAAAAAUAAACUUGACCAAUAUAUACCAUCAGUUAAAAUAUUUGUACUCAUCAAAGAACCACUCUGUAGUUUCAUGAUUCUAUAACGUUUUCAUAACAAUAUUUACCAGACAUUUUAAGCUAACAUGUUGUCUUAACU